GUUUCCAGCACCACCCUUACCCUCGUCCCUCGCUAACAUGUUCACAGCGCGCCUCUGGCGCGUGACGGGCACGCCGAGCACGCGGUGUACGCUCUCGGCAUUGCGUGUACCCCCCAUCCCCCGCCGCCACUUCCACCCCGUCCGCCUCGCCUCAACACAGCCUAAGCAGGCGCCGGCUGCCACGCAGCCUAAGCAGGCGCUGGAGCGGGUGCGCGCCCGCCUCGGCGCUUCACCACCCAAGCCUGCGGCGCACAAGCCGCCCAGGCGGCGUAUGGAGGCCGCGUCCCUGCCACUGCGUAACGAGACAGCGCCAACGCGCGGGCCGAUCUUGCAGUGCAUCGCUCACACCACGGCCGAGAAGUACGACCUGUCGGCACUCGCGGUGAUUCUGCGCCGCUUGGGCGUGCGCUGGGACGAGGUGCCGGAGGGCGACCCGGACCGUGCGUUCGUGAUUGGGCCUUGGAAGGGGCGUGGGGGUGCGGAGCGGCUUAUCCGUGGCAAGGACGUGCGCGCGGAGGCCGAGGACGAAGGCGACGAAAUGGGGUUCGAGUAUGGUGACCGAGGCGAGAUCCUCGUCUUCCACUCGGGGAGUUUCGUUACUUGGGGCCUGACUGAGGAGGAGGGGCGCGCGUUCCUCCGCGACGUUAUCCGAUGCAAGGGAAGCCGCGUCGAGCACGGCCGCCUCGCCGACGCAGACUGUGAGGUCGAGGAGGUGGACUUCGUCGUCGACCCCGAAGCCCAAACACACAUCAUGGGCAACCUGAUUCUUUUGGGUCGGCCACCUGAGCUGUCGACGUUCCCAAGCAGCUCGCCCGCACUCGCCUCCCUCCUUGCUCGCUACACCCUCAGCCUGUCGCUCACGCGCUCCUCCUCCCUCUCCGUUCUCGAGAACCGGCUGGACAAGCACAUUGCUGCCGUCUCGCUUCUUCCCCGCGCCCUUGAGCGCUUCGGCGAGCAGCCCCUCGGCCGCCGCGACGUAAUCCGCAAGAUCGGCGAGCUCAUGACGCUACGCAUGGCUGUCAACACGCGCGGCGGCGGCCUCGAGGACACGCCCGAGUUCUACUGGUCCGAACCCGAGCUCGAGAAGUACUUUGACGCGAUCGCAAACGAGUUCGAGAUGAAGGAGCGCGUGGAGACGAUCAACAAGAAAAUCGACUAUGCACAGGAAGUGCAGAACACAUUGCGCGCGCUGCUUACCGAGGCGAGCGGACACCGCAUGGAGAUUAUCAUUAUCCUCCUCAUCGCGGUGGAGGUUGUUUUCCUGCUUAUCCGUGAAGGACCUGAGCUGUACGAGGAGCUCGUGCACCCCGUCAUGCGCCAGGUCAAGGAGGUCCUUGGGCCUCUGACGCAGCCGUCGUCGGCCCCGCGUGUCCGUCGCGUUGAACAAACUCCAGCUCCGGUGAUGUCGGCGCCCGUGCUCGAGGAAGAUGCUCCCCGUCUCGUAUAGAAAAUCACAGACGCCUCCGGGCGUGUACAAUACCACUCCAUAUGAUAUGUACAAUACUGCAUGGCACGACGUUGCAUCGGUACUCC